AUGGACUUGUCAGCUGCCAUCAACUUGCUUUCUCCCUUCCUUUUGGAGCAUUAUCGGUCCAUAAAAGCGCGUCAUCCUGGAGAAGGCCGGCGCCGGUGGAGGCUAAGGGUGGCUGAGACGUUCUGGGGUCUGCCAGUGGAGCAAAAGAAUGCGUACCUCGCAGCAAUCAGUCAAAAUCUUCCAUCCAUUGAGGCGAUUGAGGAUGCUGAGUUCACAGUUGACGACGACCCGCUCGACGACGAGUCGGACGAUGCCCCCGGCCUCGGUGUUCUCAUCAGGACCGAUUUCACCAAUGACGGUGCAUGGCAGGCUUUCCACACCCGCUUACAAGAGGCCGAGGCCGAGUUUGCUUCCGACGCCGCAGGAGAGGCUAUGGGCCAAGACAACGAUGUGGCCCAGGUUUCAGGUCCAUCCACUUCAAGUGCCACCAGCAGUGCCGCAAUGGAAGAUGAUAGAGAGGGUGACGAUGAAGACGAAGACGAAGAGGGCAUCGAAUGCCUGUCUUCUACACCAAUAUUCCAUGUCGUUAACCCCGUGGAUCCGGAGGCACGCGCGACCCUCGCCAGUAUCUCCAAUUUGAAGGCGCUCCGUCUUCUCAACGACGUGGGCGUCCGGCGCGCCCCCGCACCGCCUCAAGGAACUAAGCGCAUCAAGCCCCCAAACCGUCUCGUCGACCACGACGGCUGGCAAGAAACGUACGCGGGCAAGACACUCUGGAUAUACGACGCACAAUCGAACACGGACCAGUGCGUGAGGCUUGUCAGUCAGACAGGGACCUCCAUGUACGGCACGGCGACCGGAGACAGCUGGCGGGCGCGCGUCAGCCACAUCUGCGAGCUCCAGGUGAACCUCGCCAUGGGCGCGAUGACGAUCGACUUUGGGGGCCUCGACCGGUGGGACUACGUCGAGCGCGCGCGCAACCUGGAAGAGGCCAUCCAGCCCCUAGAUCCGCAGUAG